AUGAAUAAUCAACCACGUAAUGAUAAGAAAUCGCAAUUAAACAAAAAGAAGACUAGGCUUUACGACAGUCGAAAUAUCAAAGCACAAAACAAUGAUGCUUCUUAUGAUCAAAAAGACACCAAAUUGAAUGUGCCUGAAUUUUUACAAUCAAGAAAGUAUGAAAUUAAUGCAUUUGAAUUGUCGCAAUUGAAAAGCAAACAAGCAUUGAAUUCACGAUGUUUUCAAAAUUUGCCUCGACUGAUGAGACGAAGAGCUGCGUCCCAUCAUAUAAGUCGGAUUCCCAAAAGAUUGAGAGCCAAAGCAUUGAGGGAAAUGAAAGGAGCUAAUGCACCUUCAAGAAAAGUGGCUAGGGGAAGAAAUUUAUACAAGUUGUUGCAGAGGCAGAAGUUAUUAAAGGUGGCAUCAAGAAUGAAAAAAGAAAGGUGUACUCCAGGAGAAAUUUGGACAAAGUGUAAUAUACGUGCCAAACAUAAGGAGAUUUCAAAGACAUUGGAUCAAAGAUGGACUCCUCUGGAGAAGAAGCUCAAUAAUUCAGUUGGUUCAUUUGAUCAUACGGCAGUAGGAUUUAGGGCUCUGCCUCCACCAAUAAGUAUAAGGUAUGGCAAAAGGCAGCUUAAAUUCUCAUGGAUUCCAACCCACAUAUGGCACGCAAAACGCUUCAAGAUGUCGAAAAGAUGCCAUUUUCAAAUUCCUUAUACUCCAACACAAAAAUGUUUCAGGUUAAUGAACAGGCAAAACAAGUACAAGGCAGUGUGUUUUGAUACUUCAUACAGGGGUACCUUGACGCUCACGUGGACACGCGACACAGCCGUUCCCUAUUUUGUAGGGACCUUGCUAAACAGAACGAUUGCCCCUUCUUCGAUUUUAACUGGAAAGAGAUCAUACAAUGGUUUGAUUUAUAUUCGAAAAGAGCCAGUUGCUUUCGGUUGUAUUUAUCUUUCAUUAGAGAGUAAGGUGAUGUUUAUACAAGUUCAAACGGACAACUACGAGAAACUUGUGGAUUCACUUAAAUUCUUUAUUUUACGUGAUUGGCCUGGAAUAGAGCUCACCGACUGCCGGUACAGCUUGGGUAGCAUCGACUUGCUGGGGCCAUUAAGUUUACAAUACUUGAGCAAAGUUUUGCAUUUGCGAGAUCCAUCUGAGGAAUUGAAAACUGUUUGGGCGUCGUUGUCUUCACACAGUGACAACUCAUUGAUCCCAGUAGGCACUACAUUGAGCUUCGAGAUAUACGAUCCUCGUCUUUGGACUAGACCUACAAAAUUUCCCAUCAAAAACGAACAAGAUAUUUAUGAUACGGUAAUGCUUCUAAAUAACAAGUGUGUUGCGGACCCCAAAACGCUCAAGUCAUUGUUCUCACCUGAAGGGAGAUACGCGUCUUAUGAAAACCAACUAUCAAUCAAAGAAUUGGGAAGGAUUCAAAGUCACGGGACGCCAUUUGAAAAAGUACUGCAUAGUACUAUUCCACUUUUGUUGACUAAGACUGAAGCUCAAACGUGGUCAUUGAUAUGCCCUUGGUAUUGGACCUUGCCCAUUUGGAUCCAGUUGGUGAAGAUACCUGGUAUCAAAGCAGGUGGAUUGAAGCAAAUUUAUCAGUUCAAUUUUGAGAAUAACAAACCCACAUAUCCAUAUGAUUAUGCAUGGACCGAUGACGGGCAAAAGUACAAUUGCAUGAUUGGUGAUUUGAGUCGAGGGACUGACGCUAAGAAGCCAAAGAAGUACAUAUCGUUACAGAAAUCGGAAGAUCGGUUCAGUACCCUUUACGAUGCCUACACUUGUGACUGGCAUAACUUGAAGUGCGCAAUAUAUACAUUGCAAAGAAUGGAAGAGGCAAAGAGGAACUCGUCGGGUUCUCCGGCAAUCGCAAAUUCCUUUGCGACCAAAGUAGCGCAUGCAGUCUAUGCCAACAAGAUCCAAGAUAAACAUAAAAGUAUUUUAUCAGUUGUGAGACCUUCUGAGUUUAGAAAAGACCGCUUUUUAUUAGAAGCAGAAGAUGGCGAUUUAUUAUUAAAGAUGCUCCCCAUUGCUUUGAUUUCACUCAAAACAAUUGGAGAAGGAGUUAUUGAAAACAAUGCUCGAAUAUAUGAAAAGAAUAUCUGUAAGGAUGAAUAUGUGGUUGGGUUUGUCACUACAGGUGGCUUGAAUUUGAAUGAAGGUAAAUUCACGGGAAUUGGUGGAGUAUUUUUGACACCACAUUUAUUGAAAAAUCCCAAAAAUCCACUUUAUGUGAGGAACCCAGGAAAGGAAUUGAUGUAUGCUUGUCAGUACCGGUUUAUAGAGCAAUAA